AUGACACUCGAGGACAUUUAUACGACUCUCGUGCAUCUGAACAUGAUAGACAUCCACGAUCGCGUCCCGACUCCGCGCCCCCUCCCCGGACAAGCCAUCAAGAUCAUCAAAGGUCGUAAGAGCAAAGUAGCGCGGAAGAACCUACAACGUUCAACUGCUCAUGACGACGAGAAGACGAAGGGUUCUUUCGUUACGCCAAUCUCAUACACCGUCAGCUGGGAUCCUGAAGAUGUCGAGCGGUACCUUGUAAAAUGGGAGGCGAAGGGCUAUCUGAGGCUCAAUCCAGAAAACCUCAAGUGGAGUCCGUUCUUGAUUGCUCGGACUAAGAAGUCGGACGCUCUGCCAGCUGAGGAUUCGGUGCCCCCUUCAGCGACCACUGAAGCUCCUACGCCCACCGCUGACGUUUUGGUUUCCCCACUCGCUGGAUCAUCUUCUGAUGUAUUGCGCCUGGAGAAUAUCUUCGCGUCGCCGGCACUAGCCUUAUUCGACGACGACAAUAUCGUCGAGAUAGCGAGGCGUCCAAGAACUGAUGAAGACGUGCUUGUUCAUGCAGAAUCACCUGAGGAUGGUUCCCAACAUACCCCAACACGCUCACAACGGCAGCAUUCAAGUUCUCCUAUACUCGUGGACGUUACGCCUCGACCCAAGCGACCUCGAAGGUCUACCACAGGAAACGUUGGCGCUAUGUCUACAUUAAAGAAACGGCCGGAUCGUCCAGCUGUGAGGCGGACACGCUCGGCGGCUCAAGUCUCCGGUCGGCUGAAUGAUGCAGAUCUUAUUGCGGAGGACGCAGCUCUUGCCGCUCGUCUCGCCAUGGAAGAAGAUCCUCCACGACGCCAGCUGCGAUCACGCUCGAAUACUGAGCAGUCUCUGAUGAGACCCAUCUCCCCGUCCACGCCCAAGUCGAUAUCUCCGCGCAAGCGCAAGCGCGUUGAGUCUCCGCCCAGCACCCCGACCACACGACAGACACGAUCUCAGGCAUUGCAGUCGACGCCGUCCCGACCAGUGCCGAGCCGUCGCUCAUCAUCUCAAAGGAUACCUGCCAAGCGACGCAAGCCUCAGCGUCGACAAUCCCGCCUGACGAAGGAAGUAAUUAAUGGCGACGAGGCGAGAAGUGUCGCUUCGCCAGAGCCAGAGCCAGAGCCCGAACCCGCUGCGGAGUAUGAGCCUUUUCAGUCGCCAACAUCCACGCUUCCCGAUCAGCCUUCAGUGCUCGCAACGGAUCCACAUGCGGAUGCGGAUGCGACUUCUGAGGAUAAGCCGGACGCUGCCCGAGACAUCGACGCUAUGGAAGUCGAGGAAAACAUGGUGCCAGCCCACAUUGAGCUUGUCCCCGACGAUGAUGCUGUGUACGAGGACAUGGAGACACCACACACUGGGACGAGUAGGCACAGCGUCGGGCGGACGAGCGACGAUACUGUGUACGCCGCGGAAGAGCAGCUCAGAGCAGCAGACAAGAUGACGCCGCCUGCGGUUUCCGCCGCCGUAGUCGAGCUAUCGAUAGAAUCAACCGCCCCUGCUGCUCUAAGUGGUCAAACAACUACCGAAGAUGCACUUGCCGAGGAUGACCCUGAUCUUGAUGCAGAGGGAGAGGAAGACAUAGAGGGAGAGCUAGACGCUGAGGGCGAAGAUGACAUCGAUGCGGAAGGCGAGCCGGACACUGGUGAAGACCUCGAAUUCGAGCUCGAUGAUGCAUAUUAA